AUGCAUCAAACUAGUUCAAGUCCAGGUGAUAUGGCAUCAGGUCAUUCAUUUAAAACUCGUGCCGAACAAGAACGUAUUUCAUCAUUUCUUUAUGAAAAUUCUCGAAGGUCAAGUUCAGAAGAAAAGAAAUCUCGCCAUAAUCAAGGCGGAAGUUCUCGCCAACGUCGUCAUCGACAUCCACUAGAUCCGAUUGAGUCGGAUUCUGAUUCUGAUCAUCGCAGUCGCCAUAAAUCAAGUACUAAAUCAAAAUCUAAACAUCAUCGAUCACAUUCGCGUUCGUCAUCGAGUGGAAGUGAACGAAGACGAAAACGUAAACAGACCGAUAAAAAUAAUGAAACAAGUCAUACUCGUCGACGACGACAUUCAUCAGCUAGUUCGAGCCAUAGUUCACAAACUCGCAGCAAAAGUCGAGACCGAAAACGACGAAUAUCAGUUGAAAAACAUGAACCAAAAACAACAAGUACAAUCAUUAUGCAUAACAUUCCAUUAACUUACGAUGAACACGAGCUACUCUCUGAAUUAAUGAUUGCUAAAGUACCACUAGAAGAAAUUCGAAUUAUUCAUCGUAGAGAUCCAGCGACAAAUCUUCAAACGGCUUACAUCGAAUUCAAUACGGUUCAAGAAGCUGAACAAUGGAUGACUUUAACGCAGGGUACAUUUCUUCUCAACGACCAUCUUGUUACACUGACCCAUCGCUUCGACGACGAUUCAUCAACGAUCCAUAACAUCAACAACAAUACUACAAAUCAUCGAGAUUAUCAACGUAACAAUACUAAUGAAUUACGUCUUCGUGAUUGGGAUUGUUAUAAAUGUGGUGUACAAAAUUUUAAACGACGUGAUCAUUGUUUUAAUUGUCAUAUAUCGCGUGAAGACUCGGAACGAACGCGAGAUCUUGAUGGAUUUUCAUUUGUUGGAUUAAAUCCAUGCAAUACCUUGGUACUACGUGGUUUAGAUAUUUUAACAUCUAAAGAAACAAUUGAAACUAAACUGUUGGAAUUAACAUUAGUUCAAAUGAAAAAUUCUGCAAUUGUUAAAGAUAAUUAUACCGGUGUUUCACGUGGCUUUGCAUUUGUUGAAUAUAAUACGAUUCAUGACUCUGUAUUAGUAUAUGAAAAAUUACAAACAACUACGCCGGGAGUAGAAAUUGAAGGCAAAGCUGUUAUAGUUCACUUUUCAAAAAAUAAUUUUGCAACAUCACUAGCACAAAUUCAGGAUGAAGAUGAAGAUUUUUAUUCAAGAAGAUCAAAUUCAUCUCGAUCUCGUCAUCGGCAUGAUCAUGAUCGAUCGGCAAAUGUUGCGCAAUUACUUCCAUCAAAUAAUGUCGAUCGAACAAAUACUGCAGCUGAAAUAGCUCAACAUGCAUUACAAAAUAUUCAUGCUCAGAAACAACGUGAUUAUACACGUCCACAACGUCGUCGAAAUCAUUCCAGUAGUGAUUACUCAAGUGAUUCAUCGUCCAAUCAUCAUAAAAAACGGCAUUGUUCCACAAAGGAUGGACGAGAUGCGGAACCGUAUUCAACACCAGAUCCAUCAAAAUUUGAAUGGUAUCCUGAUGUCGGUUUUCAUUUUGAUAAAACAACAGGAUUCUAUUUCGAUGCGAAAUCAUCGUAUUUCUAUAAUCCAACAACACUAAAAUAUAUGUAUUGGGAUCCAGCUAAAUUAAAUUAUAUACCCGUUGAAGAUACAGUAGCGCCAGCCGUUACAACUGAAAUUACGAAUACUACAACGUCAACGGAACCCAAAGAUAAAACUGAUAAAGUAAAAAAUGCUCAAAAAGUUGCCAAAGAAAUGGAACAAUGGGCUAAAAAAGAACGCGAAAGAAAAGAAAAGGAAACUAAACGUAAAGCUCAAGUAGCAGCAGUAGCUGCCGCUGCUAUAACAACAGCAACAACAACAACAAGUAAUAAUGAUACUACAUCUAUGAAUUUGUCAACUAGCGCAGUAUCAGCAUCCUUUGCUGAAGUUGGUCUUCCAUCGAAUCGACCAACGGGUGGUUUAAUAUCACUUAAUUUAAUGUCAUCGAAUAGUAGCAGUAGCACAUCAACAUCGAAUCGACCUGCGCUAUUAGCAGCGUUUGAGAAUCCUGAGUCGGAUAAUGAUGAUAAUGAUAAUAAUAAUGCAAUGAAAUCUUCAACAGCAACUAAUGCUACCACCACCACAACAACUAGUACCAAUAUUCUCGAUAGUAGCGAAGAAAAAUUAGUCGAUUGGAAUAAAUUGGCAUGUCUUCUAUGUCAACGACAAUUCGAUACACGUGAAAUACUUGAAAAACAUUUACAAAUGUCAAAUCUCCACAAAGAAAAUUUAGCAAAAGCGGGUAUUGUUCGAUCACAGCCACUUGUUUAUCGGGAUCGUGCAAAAGAACGUCGACAAGCAUACGGGCCCGAUGAUUCAACUAAACAAAGAAAUGAUUAUUCUCCUAUUCAUGAACGAUCAUAUUCAACAAGUUCACGUCGAAUGCCAUCUCAAAACCAAUCAUCAUUAUCAGAUGGUAUUGGCUCAAAACUAAUGAAAAAACAUGGCUGGCAAGAAGGUCAAGGUUUAGGAAAAAAACUACAAGGGCGAUCUAAUCCUGUUGAAGCUGAACACAGACAAAGAGGACUUGGUCUUGGGGCUGAUCAACGACUGAAAUAUAAUGCUGAACCAGGAGAUUCAUAUAAAGAUGUUGUACGAAAAGUUGCGCGUGCUCGAUUUUCAAUGAUGGAAUCUUGA